CCUAAUCGGGUUUUAAACAAAAUGAAUCUUAUCAAGUGUAUUUGUGCUAUUUUUUGUAUAGGUAUAAUUAUUAGUGAAUCUACCUUUAUUUUCCCAAAUCCUUUGGAUCAAAUAUUUACACGACCAUGUAUAUGGGUCAUCAUUCGUAGACGACCUCCCUUUCCUACGUUAGGGUCAAAUGAUACACUUCCAGUCCAUCCUCCAGUCCCUUCUGCCCCAGGAACCGUAGCUCAAACCACAAUAGCUACCAAUCAAGCUGAGGCUAACCCCGCAACGACUGCAUCCGCUGCACCUGCUGCUGAAACAACAACAACAGUUGUUGCCGAAACGACAGCGGCUUCAACAGCCGUAACGACGUCGGCUUCAGCAGCCGAAACGACAGCCGCUGCAGCAGCCGAAACGUCAGCGGCUACAGCAGAAUCGACAAUGGCAAUGGAGCUUUCAACAUCAACCGAAACUACAACUAUUGCAGCGUCCACAACGAUUGCCGAAUCAUCUACAGCUGCGCAUGAAGCUGCAGAAACCACAACAGUACCAUCAAAAUAAUUUUAAUAAAUUUAAAAAAUGAA